AUCAUCAAUUGACGUCCGCUCAGAAUCGUUUUAUUUUUUCUUACAGGUUUCUUAUAUUAAUUUAUCUAUAACAGUAGCUGCACCCAUCAUCAUUAUCAAAGGACGUCUUUUUAUUAUUUAAUUGACUUUUCAAAAAAAAUUUGUAAAAAAAAAAGAAAGGGGGUUGCCUUUACCUCCCUCCCCUCAAAUUCGCCUCUGGAGUAAUGUGUUUUUAUUUUUAUUUUUACAGGCAACCAUUUCAUUCGUUGCGGCCGUUUUAAUGAUUCAACAUGCGUCAUGUUAUCCGGUUCAUGGUAUGAUGCAUUCGCUGUCACAUGUGUUGGCCGGGGAUCAUCACCACAGCAGUAGCGUUCACGGACACGGACACAUGAAUACCGUAGCCGUCGCUCACGACAUGAGCGAUCAUGUGCAUGUUGUGGAACGCCCAAUCGGCCAUCAUAGAGUCGGUUAUGGAGAGUAUGACAACCAUCAAAUGCACAUGCAGGGCGGAUACGGAUACGGAUACGGCGAUGGUUAUAAUACCGGACAUGGCAUAUCCAACAUUCACACCCAUCAGGUCUACGAGACACCAACCCACCACCAAUCUCACUAUUACUAGACAUCCACACAACAUGAUGAUUUAUAUGGCUAAUACCCUACAACAAAAUUUGAAUUAUUCCAGGAACAACAAUACGAAAGCACAUAAUUAAAAUACUCGCACAUUGCUCCUAAGCGUAUUCUCGUAUGUAAACAUAUAAUUGUGAUUUGAAUAUUAGUAUGAAUUGUAAUAAUGAUAUUAUGUUAUUUUAUAUGUCGUUUUUAAAUUGUAUUGCAAAAACACCAAAUAUAACCGAUUAUCUAUGUUGAUUGAAAACUGCAUCGGCGGAUUUGUGUUUUAAAUUGAUGAAUCACGGUGAAAACCGUGACAAUCGUUUUACCGAAUUAAAUGAUGCAUUUUUCAAAUAUUUAUACAGUAAACUAUACCAAAGAAAAAAUUGUGUCUCGUUUAAUUCAAAAUAUAAUUUAUAUGAAAUGGCGUAUUGUAAUAUAUUAUACAUGAGAGCAUUUAUUGUAAAAACUCUUAAAA